GGAUUGGGCCUAAAAAGGAUUUAAUUGAAACUUCAAUAACGUCUCUGGCAUAGAUACAAAAUUAGUGAAUUACUAACCAGUAACCACCAAUUACAGUACUCAGUUUCAUGGCAGUAUCAUCCCUUCUCCGGCGUUGUCUCAAUUCGCCGACAAUAUCAUCUCUUCGCUCUCUCUCGACCCAAUGUUUUGUCCGAAGAACAGCCUCACUCUCUGUUCCGACAGAACCACCACCGGUUCCAAAAAAGAUCCCAUUAUCCGUCACAUCUCACGGAGUCUUCACGAGACAAGACCCUUACCGCUGGAUGCGGAAAACAGACGACAGAGAUUUCCUCGAACACCUCCGUGGCGAGAACUCGUACGCUCAAGCUUUCAUGUCCGACACAGAGACCCUGAGGCGCGAUUUGGUCUCCGAGAUGAAAACCCGUAUCCCCGAAGAGAUUCUCACUCCCCCCGAGCGCUGGGGACAAUGGUUAUACAGGCAGUACAUACCCAGAGGGAAAGAGUAUCCUCUUCUCUGUAGGAGAUUGGACAAUGUUGAAGAAGAAGUAGUUGUUCUUGAUUGGAAUCAUAUUGCACAACAGUUUGGUUAUGUGCACGUUGGUGUAUGUCGGGUUUCACCUGAUCAUAACUACCUCGCCUACACUGUUGAUCCCAAGGGAGAUGAGCGGUUCCUUCUCCAGAUUAAGGAUCUCAGAAGUGGGUGUUUGGUUCCGAGGUUGGAAGUUGAUGGAGUUGUGAGCUUGGCGUGGGAUUUAGAUGGAGUCAACUUGUUUUACACUCUUGUAGAUGAACAUCAAAGACCUCACAGGGUUGUUGUUACAAAUGUUGAAUCAGACGGGAGAGAUGAUACUGUGGUGUUCUCCGAAAGUGAUCCGAGUUUCUGUGUAGACAUCACGAGUACGAAAGAUGGCAAGUUCGUUACCAUCAAUUCGAACUCGAGGACUUCAUCCGAGGUUUAUAUCGUAAAUGCUGAUAAGCCACUGGCUGGUCUGCGGAGAGCUCGCGAGAGAGUCCCUGGCGUGCAGUGUUUUCUUGAACAUCACAACGGCUUCUUUUACAUUCUUACCAAUGCUCCCACGGAUGAGUGGUCUGGUGAAGGGUACUAUUUGACUAGGUGUCUAGUGGAGGAUGUUGAAUCAUCACAAUGGCAGGUUGUUUUUUGUCCAGAUGAUGAUGUGGUGAUACAAGAUAUGGACAUGUUCAAUGACUAUCUAGUGUUUUUUCUAAGUAAGAAAGGGUCACCUAUGAUAUGUUCCAUUGAUAUGCCUAUGGAAGCAAAUACGAAGCAUAUGGAGGAUCUUAAUCCCUGGUACUUUCCUCUUCCAGCUGAUUCAUGCAGUGUUGCACCGGGCUCAAACCAUGACUUUCAAAGCUCAGUUUACCGAGUGGUGCUUUCAUCUCCUGUGAUUCCUGACACAAUCAUCGACUAUGACGUGUCACGAAGAUCAUUCUCAAUCGUCCAUCAGGAAGGUAGAGUCACAGAUGAUCUUGAUGAUAGUAGUACGCCAUGGUACUCGGCAGAUCACUCGUUAGAUUCUGGAGUGCCUAAAUGGGAGGAACUAUCUGAUGCUUACGUUUGUGAAAGCCAACAAGUUUCUUCACACGAUGGAGUUGAAGUCCCUCUUACAGUUCUGUAUUCCCGUGAAGCAUGGAAGAAGAGCGAGUCCCCGGGAAUAUUGAUAGGUUACGGUGCGUAUGGAGAGGCUCUGGACAAAAGCUGGUGCACAAAUCGUUUGAGCAUGCUUGAUCGUGGUUGGGUGAUUGCCUUUGCUGAUGUCAGGGGAGGAGGAGGUGGUGGGGAUUUUUCAUGGCACAAAUCAGGGACUGGAUCUUUCAAAGUGAACUCGGUUCAAGAUUUCAUCUACUGUGCGAAGUAUCUGAUGGACAAGGGGUAUGUGCAUAGACAUCGUCUUGCUGCUAUUGGGCACAGCGCAGGAGCUCUUCUUCCAGCUGCAGCCAUGAAUAUACAUCCAAGUCUGUUUCAAGCUGCGAUUUUGAAAGUUCCUUUUGUAGACGUGUUAAACACGUUAUCGGAUUCGAACUUACCUCUCACGCUUUUGGACCAUGAAGAGUUUGGUAACCCGAACAUCCAAACCGACUUCCGGUCCAUCCUUGGCUAUUCUCCAUAUGAUAACAUACGCAGAGAUGUUUGCUAUCCUUCAAUGCUUGUCACAGCUUCGUUUCAUGACUCAAGGGUUGGAGUGUGGGAAGGUGCUAAGUGGGUGGCUAAGAUACGGGAGAGUACGUGCCACGAUUGCUCACGAGCUGUGAUUUUGAAAACAAAUAUGAGCGGAGGCCAUUUCGGUGAAGGCGGGCGCUAUGCUCAAUGCGAAGAGACUGCCUUUGAUUAUGCUUUUCUUAUCAAAGUUAUGGGUUAUCACAAGAAUAGAUAACAGAUCCAUAUCAUCUUUGGUUUAGUAAACAGUUUCAGAGAUAACAAGAACUUGAAACAGAAUCUAAUAUUCAACAAGAGAUUAUAUUUGA